AUGGAUGUCCCUGAGCCAGAUCAGUCGCCCUUCACUGCGGUGACCGCACACACCUCCAAAUUGACUAGGUAUCCCGCACGAACGAUCACUUUAUUAACACCUCGCCAGCAAUACCAAGCAUAUCUGGAUGCCUCAACUCCCCAUUCCACCGGUCGCUGGGUAGGAACUGGUGUCCUGCUCCUCUGCUUCUUCCUGCGCAUCGUCCUCUCUCAAGGAUGGUACAUCGUCGCCUAUACUCUGGGAAUCUACCUCCUGAACCUCUUCCUCGCCUUCCUAACUCCCAAAUUCGACCCCUCCCUCACUCAAGACGAGGGCCUUGAAGAUGGCGACGCAGGCCCCAUCCUCCCUAACAAAAACGACGAGGAGUUCCGUCCCUUCAUCCGCCGCCUCCCCGAAUUCAAGUUCUGGCACUCCGCCACCCGCGCCAUCUUCAUCGGCUUCGUAUGCAGCUGGUUCACCGUCUUCAACAUCCCUGUUUUCUGGCCCGUCCUCGUUGUCUACUGGUUCAUCCUUUUUGUCCUGACUAUGCGUCGCCAAAUUCAGCAUAUGAUUAAGUACCGCUAUGUGCCUUUCUCAUUUGGAAAGACUCGUUACGGCCGUUCAUGA